GCCACCAAAACAGCAGGCGGCAGUCGGCCUGAAGAAGGUCUCUGAGUCCGCAAUCGUUCGGUCUCUUAAAGAACUAAUGCGUGACUAUGAAAUUCGAGCGGAAAAGUACGAGACUACGGUAGCCAAUUCCAUUCGAAAGCAGUUUAAGAAGGCGUUGGAUGAUGAUCGGCUGGUGACAAGGUUUGUGGUUGAUCCCCAAGACAGACGUGUUGUUGAAUACUGGGAUGAUGAAAAAUUGGUCAAAGCCCUUCAGGGCGAUGCUGAUGAAGGUAGACGCAGAAGGGCCAAAAUCAAGCAUGUCAAAGAGGAUAAACCACUGGUCAAGAUUCUUCCGCUGAUUGAUGCCAUCCGAGCGCGACGCUAUACACACAUUCAAGAACUAUUGGUUUGGGAUUGUCAUGUGGAAAAUGACGAUGCACUCUCUAUAGCAGGACUGCUAACCCGGGGUUGUUAUCCAGUCUCACGUCUGGAGCUGAUUGAUUGCUUUCUGGAUUCCAAGAGUGUUGGCAACAUUGUGACUGCGGUGGCUGUGUCAAAGACCCUGAAGGAGCUGGCCUUAGACUUUAACGAGUUGGGUGAGAAAGGUUGCCGGAUUCUGUGUACUGGACUGUCCAGAGGCAAAUUCCUGACUCAUUUGAGUUUGAGCUACUGUGGAUUGACGAAACAAUGUGGACUGUGGCUUGGAAAUUUGGUUUGUGAAACUGCGAUCAGAGAACUGGUUCUAGAUGGAAACCCCCUGGAAGCUGAAGGAGUGAUUGCGCUUCUGAGCCAACUUGCCGAAGCGGCGGAAAACGAGGGUUUCGAACGUGCUGAAGAAGAGAAACGAAGACUGAAAGCAAUCGAGGAUGCAAGACGUGCAACUCGACCAAUCUUAGAUAUGGACCUGUCCGGAUUUGAGCAAAAUGCCAAUGCAGGCGAGACCGAUAAACCUUCUAGUCCAGCCCCAUCGUUGGGUAAGCCAAUAGCGAAACCAGAAUCGGGGAAGGCAGAGAUAAAAUCGCGGAAGAAGCGCGGUAAACGUGGUAGAAAAGGUGGUAAGCUUGAGCCACCUCCAGCUGGACCGCAGAUCAGUGUGCUCAAGCUCGCUGACACGGGAAUUAACCACAUGGGACGAGGGGGGAAUUUUGCACCGGUUCGGUGCAUGCAGUUGUUGAAAAGCAUUAUAUCACACAGCAGAGAUCUUCAAGAGAUCGAUCUGUUUGGAAACGCGAUUGGAGAUUUGGGAGCCCGACAAAUACUCGAAGGGAUUCUGACGCGCAAAGAAGCCAAACUGCCACAAAUCGGAAUCAGAAUGGGACAUCGGAUUAAUCAGGAUACAUUUGAUAUCAUUCAUAAGCUCGCACCGGGACCUAAGAAGAAAGGAAAAGGCAAGAAAGGAAAAUAAAGAAUUGAUUAUCACAAAACCGCUGCCAAAAAACCACUCACUAUUCUAUCUCUUCCAGAAUUUCAUAGAACGAUUCCAUGCAAAUUUCACUAUUUUCAAUAGUAUUUGUGAACUAAGCGAAUUUAGCUCGCCACAGAUCACUUCACUUCGAGCCGCGCCAACUGAGGCUCACAAACUGCAAUGAGUCAGUAUUAAUAUGUCUAUGUACUGACCAUAUUGAA